AUGACCACCAGAACAACGUUCCUUGCCAGCGCGUUGCUGCUCCUCCUGGCAUUCGAGCCGGCCUCCACCACCAACAAAGUCUGGGUCCUGUCCAAACAAGAAAUGGAAGGAGACGGCUGCAACUUUAACUCCUACGUAGCCGACCGAAACAAUUGCGAAAAGAUGUUCUCGAACGUGAGCGUAAUCACAUCUGGCAACAACACCUGCAGCGAUGUCCAGAUUUACAUAGCAUGCGUCAAAGAUGCGAUGCGUCGGACGCUGUGCAGCGCGAAUGAUACGAUUAAAGAAAAUGAAAAUGCCCGCAUCAUGAUGAACGUGAGAAAGAAGAACGUAACCUGCAUCCCAAAAGCCGCACCUCAAAACAUGCGUCAAAUGAUGUCCUGCCUGCGACCUCUAGCUCUUAAAAAGUUCUUCGCAUGUUCUUCAACCUUUCACUAUUACGUGAAAAACAAGGAUGACGUUUCCACAAUUGGAAAUGGCGGCGACUGCAGCGUUGCCACCGGUUACAAGGAUUGUGUCCUACUGGGUCUAAAGCAUUCCGACUGCGCGGAUGACAAAGAAUUCGCUGAACACGUGCUUUACUUCAUGAGAAAUGACAUAUCUGCACUUGCAAAAUCCUGCCGAAGUGAGAAAAACUCACCUAACAGCAACGCUGCAGGAUCGAAGACAUGCAACGAAGACAAAGCCAUUGACACCUACCUUAUGUGCGCGAAAAAGUUCUUCGAGAACGUGGAUUCGGAAGAGCUCCGCAACCUGGCAAAAUUCUCGGUCAAGUCGAAAUCAAAGUAUCAAAUUACGAGUGACGACGUUCGUCGCAUGUUGGACUCUACAUUGAAACCAGAUCCCCCAGAAGAACUAAGAGUUGACCCUUGCACGGCCGUCAAGUCUUGGCUUAACUGCUAUUAUGACGACUUGGUCAAAUUGAACUGCUCAACGGAUUCCGAGUUGUAUAAACGAUCACAGUCAAUAUAUCAAGUGAUGGUUGACGAAUUCAAUUGUGUAAACACCCAAUUUCAAGCCCUGGCAAGCUCGGACACAUUGGACUGCCAAGAGAAGCCCAUGCUUAACAAUUUCUUCAUCUGUGCCAUCAACUACAACGUCGAGAGGAAAGGAAUCCCGCUAUCGCUGCAAAUUAAGCCUGAAGCUGUGUGCCCAUCCAACCAAAAGUUUGAAAUGUGCGUGGCACAAGCAAUGCGUGAAUCAAGCUGUCUCCACGAAAGGAUGAAAAUUAUGCAUCAUCUCAAGUAUUUAACCGACGUCAUUACGAUGCCCAGGGUUACAUGCAACGAAAACAACGGAGAAUACUCACGGCAAAUCCAGCAGCGGGAUAAGCGCUGCGCCAAAACGGUGCUCUAUAAGGAGUACUUCACGUGCGGACUGUCUUUCCAGAAGGAGCUAGAAAUGCACAAUAACUUCGUAAGGGACGACACCGGAAAAGAAAGAUGCACGACAAUGAAUUCCUACAACGAGUGCUUCCGACGGGCUGUUGACACAUCCGAGUGCCAUUCCAAGUCGGCAGUCACCGAUACAAUGCUAUACCUUAUGGAACUCGAGACCAAGGGGAUUGAUUACAAUUGCGAAGAGCCGAGGCCCGUCUUAGAUGCUGGAAUUAUAUCGACACGGUGCUCCAAGAAUCUAGCCGUCAAAAAUUCGUUUCUCUGCGCCAUGACCUUCGAGCAUUUGGUAGAGGACCUGAAGGUUAAACGAGAAGCGACUGCUGAUAAAGUGUGCAAAUACCUGGAAGAUAUGAAUAGCUGCGUGGAUAUCGUGAAGAAGAGCACAGGAUGCGACCGCGACGGGGAGAUCUUUAAUCACGUGUCCCCAAUUUUGCAUUCAUUGACACACGAAUACGAUCGGGCAUGCAGAAAUGUCACAAAUAGUUUCCGGAUGUCUUUCGUCCAAUUAAAAUCCCAAGACACGUGCAUACGCCAACGUGUAUUGAAGAAAAUGUUCGUGUGCGGACUGAGCUUCAGCAAUCUUUUCGACGAAAUGGAACCCCGUGCCGUAGGAAGCAACCCUGUCAAAUGCAAACUUCUUAUCGACUACGAGCAGUGCAUCGCCAAGGCUUCUCGCGGCACGGGCUGCGACGAAGACGCCGAAAUGCGAGUUCAAAUCAUGUCCUUUUCGGACAUCAUGCGCGACGAGUACAAAGACUCCUGUCCCAACAUGGUGUACAAGAACUCCCCAGAGGCACCCGAGGCAUUCGAGGAUUACGAAGAAGACUGGGCUGACAGUGACCCCUACUGGUACGACUCGAAAGAAAAUUCCGAAGCGCAUGCUGCAAGUAAGGCGCGCAAAGCCAGCGCUCCGAUGAAUCGGGACCGGGAGGAUCCGUUCGGGAACAUACCGGACAAGGGCAACGCGGCGAGCCCCCCUCUGAACCAUGGAUCAUCCAACGACCAGCAGCGAGGACCCGCCAAAGAGAGGAUUCUCAGCGCCGCCAUGAAACCAGACACACUCAGACAACAGGUCGGUUCACUGUCAAACAACGCAACGAUCUCGAAUGAGAUGGAACUUGCUUCAUUCCUUGGAAAGGACCCUAAGAAGCUUUCCUCUGGUCCUACAAACCUUAAGCGAAAAGUUCAAAUUGAAAAGGAAUACUUAGAUGAUUCUCCAGCUGCCAUGGCUUCAUACGGCUUUGGAUCCGACUACAAGGACGACUACGGAGACAGCUCCUUUGCGAGAACAUCUAAUAAACGAAUCGGGCUUCGCUCCCGGACACAGCAGAGGCGGGGCGACCCCAACGUCUGGGUAAACAACCGAAGGGCCAUGAAGAUCCUAGACGACGAAGAACAACAGGAGGACGACGACAUCAUGGGUUUGAUGCGUCGAAAGCGCAAGCGCAUGGGGAGCGAGACGGUACGCAAACUGGGCAAAGACCUCCAGGUCAAGAAACAACUUGACUACGACGACGACGGCGAGGACGACGACAUCCUCACGGACAGAGAAACUCACAUCUCUGGAGAUGAAUGCAACUUAAAACAAUUGAAGCGUCAAUCUGAGACUUGCGAUCGAACUUUCUCGGACAGCAUAAAAGUAUCCUGGAGUAAAGACUGGCCCGGAUCGUCCUCGACCUCACCUGUAAAAGAAGUUCAGGACAAACUCUGCAAUUCUCUCCUUAUCUACCGAACCUGCCUGCUCGACACCGCCAAACGAAUGCACUGUGGGGAAAUUGCGGGCAAGGUGGCCAUCGUCGUUGAGGAACAGAUGAAGAAGCUCGGAGUCGCAUUCUGCGCUGCUUCAGCCUCAAAGGUCUCGAUGUGGACGAUGAUGCUGCUACCACUCACUCUGCUAGUGCGCUACGCUCUUCAAACCUAG